GGCGCGGGGCGGGGCCGCGCUCAGUCGCGCGCAGGGCGGGUGAGGGGAGCGGAGCGGCGUCGCCGUCCCGGCUGUGGCAGGGGCAGGGGCUGCAGCAGCGAGAGCAAUGGCGCUGUCCGUGCCGGUCAACGGGCUGAAGGAAGGCGACAAGGAGCCCGUCAUCGAGCUCUUCGUCAAGGCUGGCAGUGAUGGUGAGAGCAUAGGAAAUUGUCCCUUCUCCCAGAGGCUCUUCAUGAUCCUGUGGCUGAAGGGAGUCGUGUUCAGUGUCACAACAGUGGACCUGAAGAGGAAACCAGCAGACCUUCAGAAUCUGGCUCCAGGCACUCACCCACCCUUCAUCACAUACAAUGGGGAAGUGAGAACAGACGUGAACAAGAUUGAAGAGUUCCUGGAAGAUGUUCUGGCCCCACCCAAGUACCUGAAACUCUCACCAAAGCAUCCAGAAUCCAACACUGCUGGAAUGGACAUAUUUGCCAAAUUUUCUGCUUUUAUCAAGAACUCUAGACCAGAAGCUAAUGAAGCCUUAGAACGUGGCCUCUUGAAAACCCUGCAGAAGCUGGAUGAGUACCUGAACUCCCCUCUGCCCGACGAGAUCGAUGAGAACAGCCUGGAGGAUGUCACAGUCUCCACCCGCAAGUUCCUGGAUGGCAACGAGAUGACCUUGGCCGACUGCAACCUGCUGCCCAAACUGCACAUUGUCAAGGUGGUGGCCAAAAAAUACCGCAACUUCGAGAUUCCCAAGGAGAUGACAGGGAUCUGGAGAUACCUGACAAAUGCUUACAGCAGGGAUGAGUUCACCAACACCUGUCCUGGAGACAAGGAGAUUGAAAUAGCUUACAGUGACGUAGCCAAGAGACUCACCAAGUAACCAGCACUUGCAGAGGACCAGGUCCUGCAUAUCCCGUAACAAUGCUUCUAACAGACUGCUCUUUUCAUAUCAAUAGCAAUUGUUUUUUGCAUGAACUCGCAGUUACUCCAAGUCACGUGGAUAGACCAGGUACAGUAAUUACCUAAAGUUUGCAGACUUAAUUACAGGCUUGUUUUUCCUGACCUCCUCUCACAGCCUUUGAGUAUGAUCGAUGCAGUCGUGUUCCCGUUGCACUGGGGUGACUCUGGAUUCUUCAGUAUGAAGGGUUGGCUUGCCCCUGCUGCUUUUCUCUGUAAACAUUUAGUCUAUGAUUUGUCCAGGAAUUGGUUUAGGAUCCUGUCUCACUGUAUGGUACAAGGAAUAUUUAUGUAUUUUGGAAUUUAUUGCUUUUCCAGAAGAUCUGUACACACCCGUCAUGCCUGUGACACAUUGAACUGUACCUGCUUGUCUAUCCUAUUUACAUAGAGAAGGGAACUUAGUAUCCAAAAGAGCCAUUUGCAAAAUAUUUGGCGAUGUUUUGUUGGUUUGUUUUGUUGUGUUUUUUAAAAAUUUCUUGGAUUUGAAGUCAUAGUAAUGGUUGAGAAUGGACUUGUGUCAACCUUGGAUUUGAAUUACCUCAGCAUCAGAGAAGUUUGAAUCCAGGCUUGAGAGCUGGGGCAGGAAGCUCAAAGCUCAGAGUUGAUGUUUAUUGUGUCUUCAAGAGCUUGAGGAGAUUUAAACACCUGCAUUGUAUGAAUUUUGAGUUGCAGCAAACAAAUAAUUGUCAGGAUUUUCCAUUAGGAAACAACAGAGUUGGAAGCUGCCCUCUGUUCACCUUAAGAAUUGCAAGUGGCUUUCUUUUUGGUAGUUAAGAGCCUUUUUGAUUGUAUAGGUAUUUUUGGUGAUUUUUACUUAAAAAUCUGUUCUGUCAUAGCCCAAAUCCAUGGAAACUGUAGUGUCCUAACUCUGGGUGGGGAAUAGCAGUGCAAUGAUUAGUGAUGCAAAAUGGACUGAGAGCCAUGAAAUGGGAACUUUUUAAUGCCCUUUCUUCUCUGAAGAAAGCUAAAGUGACCUUUAAAGAGAACAUUUGCCUUAAAUGAUAGUAGGGUUUUUUUUUCCUGAAAGGAAAUCUUGGGAUUUUGUAAAGAAAUGGUGGUGGAAUCCAGUCCUUUCCAUUGAAUUUAUCCCAGUUGUUUUUGUGCACCUGGACUGCAGUUUUGCAUACUCAUAAUCAUUGCACUACUAUGCAUAAUUCUUUUUACAGCAACACUGAGGAAUAGCACUACAAUUUUUUUAAAAGCAAUUUUCAAAUGUUUCUAAACCAGGGAAUAGUUUUCUUGUUUAAAAUUAAUGGUUUUGAUGCACGAAAUAAACUGCUAGGUUAUUUUUAAAAGACCAUCAUAAACAACUCCAAAGAAUGCUAGACUUAUAUGCCUAUUUUUUUGUAAAGAUACUUUUAUAUUUAACUGAUUUUAGAAGCUGGAAAGUGCUAUUCCUGCUAGGUUGUUUUUGGAAUAUUUAACAUUCUGCAAUAACGUGGAAAUGCUCACACAAACACUUUUAUACACUAAAUUUUUUUUUUUUUUUUUUUUUUUGGUAAAGCACUGGCUUUCUGAAAACCAGCCUGACUUUUCUAAGCAUCCUGCUUUUGCUACUUUAUGUACCCAUGGAGUUAGUUGGACAUAGAAGAGGUAGAGAACCAGAUCCAUAUUUGUAUACCUGGCUUGUGGUGCCUUGCCUUCCUAGAGCUAGAAUUCCAAUAUAAAGGCACUUAGCAAUCCUGUCACAUCUCUUUCAAAGGCAACUCUCUUAGAUACACUUAAUCCCUGUUCUGAUUUGUUACAGGAAUGUUUAAGCACAGAGGGAAAUCCUGGGGAGGGACCUGGGAGGAGAACCUUGACUGCAGCCCUUUAAUAAUUACUCUGUUCUAAUGUCAUGUUCCCCUCCUGAAUAAAGCUCCUCAGCCAUAAGGAUCCUCUGUAGGGCUUCAGUCUCUGCUACAACGUGACAUCUAGAAAAAGGAAUGACUUUUUUAUUUAGAGAACAGCAUUUUUAAUGCCACAUGGGGUGAAGAAACCCCAAACCCAACCCUCCUUGGUUUGGUGCUCUUGGCCACCACAGGGUUCACAGAGCUGUAGGAAACACGUGAUUGUGGGCAUAUCUUUGUCAAGUUUUCAGCUCUCCUUUCAAAAACGGAUCAGGAUGGCCCUUGGAAGUUGUGUUGAUGGGGUUGUGGAGUCAGGCUGUUCUCCCUUUCCCAGGGAAUCAUCCUUGAGUGCAGAGAGCAGGGCACCCACAGCUCCUGGGGUGCUGCAAGCAACCCCCACCUCCCUCAACGCCAGCUCAGGCUUCUUCUGACAUAAUCCAUUCCCUCUGCUGUUCAGGCAGCCUUCAAACCGUUCCCCUUCUCCCUCAGUGAUUUAGUUGUGUCUGAGAGCUUGUAAACAGAGUUCAAGCUCUGUCUGUGACCAGCGGCUUCCUUAUCUCAGCACACAGGAGCCUUUCCCUCGGAGGUGGAAUUCCAAUGAGCACCAGCUUGGCAUGGUAACUGUCCUGGGUGUCUCUCAGGCUUCCUGCUGCAGUUUUGUUGUGGCAGGAGCUGCCCAGCCCCUUCUGGCUGGGGAGGGAGCAGGAAUCUGGUGGAGAGGAGCAGCUCCAGCUCCGUAGGUGAUCCCUGCAGAGCAGCGGGGAACGGCAGCGUCUGGUGUGGGCAGAGCACUUUCAUCUGGCCCCAAUCACCAGCUCCACACUAAUUAAAAAAAGCCCUUUCAUAACUAUGUAAAUUCUUGACUUCUGUCAACUUGUUUACAAUCUGAUCUUUAAAUGCAUUUUUAAUUUCAUCAAACAGCAAUUAAUCUACCCCCUGUUUAAAUUUAAAAUGCUGCUUCUAGCCCCUUCUCCAAUUUAAAAACAGCAGUUACUCUUUCAAGUAGGCAUUCCAGUUUGCAAGUUGGUUGCAUGUAUUAGCAUGCUGAAUAACUUACUUUAUUCUCAAGCUGAAAUAUGCUGAAAUUCGCAUUAAAACAGGUGACUUGUGUAUUCCCUGAACACAAGGGGAAAAUCCAUCACCUGCACCCUGUUUUUGUGUGGGAGAACAGAUUAUCCUAGGUGCAUUAUUAUUUUAUUUUUUUCCCCCCUUAACAAAGCUUUCCUUCUUGAGGAGAUCCCUGCUGUGGAAAGGCUGCCUGUGGAACAAGAGGCGUGUGGGACUUGUGGAACAAUUCCAGCCCCUCCACAGCUUCCCUGUCCAUCCCUUCCCUGGAUGUCCCACAAGGGCAGCCCCAGCUUUCAGCUUUGCAUUUUCCCAUAAAAUCGGUGUUUUCUCCACACUGGGCAUGUCCAAACUGAUCGAGAGCUGCGUGCAGCUCCCUGAUAAGGAGAGAGAUGUAAUCAAAUUUUUAUGCUAAAGCAGCAAAUUAGCAUUUGGUAUCAAAGGAGCACAGACAGGAGUAAAUGGGAGCUGCUGGAGCCAAACCCACUGAUGCCUAUCUGGGUGCAGAACAAAAAGUGGGGAAGUGCAGCCAACUCUGCUGAGCUCCCUUUGCCACUCAGAACCACCUGAACCCAUCCUGUGAACGUUUUUCAGGAGAAGGCUGAAACCCAAGUGAGAAAUGCUCCAACUCCCUCAGAACCUGUGCCACCAACUCCCGAGUUUUGUUUCUGGAGGGGGUGGGAGCAGGAUGAGGGGAUGGAGACUCCCAAGACAGGACAUCAAGGAUUGGAGCAUGGUUUGCAGAAAUACUUGAAGAGUUGAUACAAUUUGUUGUAGUUUGCUUAUGUCUUUCACUUUCUGGAACAUCUUUUACAGAUAUACCAGUAUACUGCUGGCAGCUAUUGUUAAAUAAAAUUAUAUUUUCACUACCAA